UUUGAUAUGUGGCACGCCCAAGGUGUCGAGAGUUUGCAAUAGGCCCCGAACAUGUCCUACCCAGGUCGGGAAAGACGACUCAGCCGCACACGGUGCUUGCUCGGAAUGUAUAACACUAUGCUGCAACGCCAAAUGACAAUUGCUACUACUCCUGCUUCUUCACUCGAGAUUGAUUGUUCCUGUGGAAUUUGACUGAGAUGGGUGUUACACAAUACCUUCGUCGCACAAGACCCGCGUCACAGCCGUCGACCACCACAGUAUUAACAGGAUGCUGGCCGCUUUUUGCCAUCUCUUUCUUACUCUCCGCGCUGUCCAUUACUAACCUGGGGCUACUGAGCUCCAUGGUUGCAUGGCUACUCCGACAAAAACACAAUGUGCAUACGUAUCAAGUCGACUGGCCGGGAAACGAAACAAAACUGAACGUGGAGCCAAAGAAUCUAUGGGUGGACCAUGGCCAUGAGAGUAAUGGUGCGGCGGCGUAUGGAUUCUUCGUGGGCCUCUUUGGCAUGGUCACAGCAUGGAGGAUGCGGAAUGCUCAACGGCGCCUAAAGAGUCUUACUGCACUCGCUGUCUUGCUCUUUCUCGCAGUUUUAUUCACCCUGUCGUGCUUCAUCUUCGCCUUCGUGGUGACGUACCAGACAACAGGUCAGCGCAUCCGUGAGCCUGUUGCCGUUAACACGGUUGGGAUGAACUACCCGGAGUUUCGUUGGACACCCGAGACUUGGUUCAAGGCUGUACGGGAUCUCCCUCUUGCGGAUCGGUCUACGCGCAGUGAGAUAGAGGACAGGAUCAGAACUAUGGUAGCAUGGCGGUGGAUGCUGCUUGUGAUAUUCUUCGUGGAUGUCGCCGCAUUUAGCAUAACAGCAAUGGCUUGGUUGAAGCAGCGGAGGGGUGUGGCAGCGCGGCCAGGGUCUAGAGAUUCUACUGAGAAGUAGGAGCGCGUACUCGGAAUCAGGUUUUUGAAGGAUACCCAUGCAGAACGUGGAACGAAUAUACUACUAUAUUGGUCAUUCCCCUGACCAUUCUCACA